AUGCAGUCGGCCAAAAAAGCCUCACAUCAAGGAACUCUAAUAUCACCUGAUCUUGAGCCUAUCAAAACCAAGGCAGCUACAAAGAAAUGGGAAACCAAAGAAGGAACAGAGAUGGCAGAUUCCCAGGAAUCAACCAGCUCCCAAGAACCACUAAGUCCAGCAGGUCGUUUGUUUCAUGCACCACAGUUCAACUGUACUAUCAUCACAGCUGUUGGAUGCAAGACCAGUAUCAAUCCUGGUGUUAUCAAGAUGGGGUUAGAGCAGACUUUGAUUAAGCAUCCUCGUUUCUCCAAAAAGCUGCUGAUUGAUGAUAGCAAGUGUGGCACGAAAUUAAAAUGGGAAAGUACUAGAGUAAAUGUAGAGGAUCAUGUUAUUGUUCCAAAUUUGGAUCCAAAACUGGACUCAACCGACCAAUUUGUGGAAGACUAUAUCUCGAACCUUAGCACAAUUCCGUUGGACCUCUCAAAACCAUUAUGGGAAAUGCACAUCCUCAAUGUCAAAACAUUGGAUGCAGAAGCUGCUGCGGUUUUAAGGAUCCACCAUUCCCUUGGUGAUGGUGCAUCACUAAUCUCUCUUCUUCUAGCUUGUACCCGAAAGACGUCGGACCCGGACUCAUUGCCUAGUAUUCCGGAGCAAAACCGAGCCGGUUCUCAUUUACCGGGAGGAUUUUGGUGGUUGUUUUCAGCUAUGUGGAAAGUGUUAAGAUUGAUUUGGAACACUUUGGUUGAUUUGAUUUUGUUUGCGGCAACAAUGUUGUUUUUGAAAGACACAAAGACUCCUCUUAAAGGUGCAUCUGGGGUUGGGCUAAAGCCUAAGAGAUUUGUCCAUCGGACAGUUAGCUUGGAUGACAUCAAGCUAGUAAAGAAUGCAAUGAACAUGACCAUCAAUGAUGUUAUAAUGGGAGUAACACAAGCUGGCCUCUCACGAUAUCUCAAUCGAAAAUAUGGUGAUCAGACUGAGGAAGAAGAGGGAGCAAAUCAGAAUAAAAAUAGUCUCCCAAAGGGCAUACGCCUUAGAGCAUCUGUUCUAGUUAACAUAAGACCAACACCAGGGAUUCAGGCUUUGGCUGAUUUGAUGGCUAAGGAUUCCAACAAUGUCCAAUGGGGAUGGGGAAAUAGGAUUGGAUAUAUGAUCCUCCCUUUCACCAUUGGUCUACAAGAUGACCCUUUGCAUUACCUUCGAAAGGCUAAAGCCAUGAUUGAUCGAAAGAAGCUCUCACUAGAAGCUAUAUUCUCAUUUCACAGUGCCAUUUUACUAAUCAAGGUAUUUGGAUUCAAGGCAUCUGCUGCCAUGGCCAGGAGAGUUAUUUCCAACACUACGUUGGCAUUUUCAAAUGUGGUUGGUCCAUUAGAAGAAAUUAGCUUUUACGGUCACCCAGUGGCUUACAUUGCUCCAAGUGUUUAUGGAAGUCCUCAUGCAUUGACAAUCCAUUUCCAGAGCUAUGGAAAUAAAAUGACAAUUGUCUUAGCAGUUGAUCCAGAUGUAAUUCCUAAUCCUCAUGAGCUUUGUGAUGAUCUAGAGGAGUCUCUUGAAAUCAUUAAGGAUGCUGUUGUGAAAAGAGGAUUAAAUGCUUCCUAG